AUGAUUGGAAAAGCAAUUCUUGAAGAUUUACCAUCUGAAUUAUGGUUAGAUAUAUUUACUUAUUUAAAUACACGAGAUCAAUAUAAUGGUUUUUAUAAUUUAAAUACAAAAAUAAAUCAAUUUCUUCUUAGUUAUCAUUAUCAUAUAAGUUUAAAACAUAACGAUGAAAAUAGUGAAUAUUUAUGUGAACAUGUUCUACCAGAUUUAACACAUUCGAAAUAUAUAUCAAGUUUAAGAUUGGAAAAUAUUAAUCAGAUGAACAUAUUUCAAAAUCUUACUUUAUUACAUUUUCCUCGUCUAUAUUCUCUAACACUCUCUCGAUUACAUAUUACAAAUACUAUUCUUGAUUUACUUCGAUAUUAUGCUCCACAUCUUCAAUAUUUAAAUAUAAGUUUAUUUGUAUCAAACAAAUGGAAUAUACUUCUUGAAUCAAUUUUAUCAUUACCAGUAUUACAGAUAUGUUAUUUAAAUCUUGGCAUUGCUCAAUGUCCUAUUAAAUCAUCGAAUAUAUUAGAAAGUCCUAUAAAACAUUUGACUUUAGUUGGUUCACAUCACUCUUGUUGUAUGAAGAAAUUAACUUCUCUAUUAAAUCAUCUUCCUUUUUUAAAUUCAUUAUGUAUCAAAUGUAAUAAAUUAGAAUGCAACCAGAUUAUAUCGAAUCAAAUUCACAACAAAUCAUUAUCUUGUUCUAGCUUUUCUCUUACAAUUAAUAAUUUACCUGAAUUAUUUAUUAAUUUUACCUUGUUUUUAUUUACAACAAUGCCUCAUUUGGAAAAAUUAAAGAUCAAAUGUUGUAACCCAUUAUUAAAUUUAGUCUAUAUCAAUGUUUAUCUAUGGAUAAAACUACUUGAUUUAUUGAUUAAUCUAAAAGAAAUCGUAUUAAUUUUUACACUGGACAAAACGAUCAACGAGAAAAGCUGGAAUAAACGAUAUGAAGACUUACUAAAAUUUACUAAAUUACGACAUAUUAAUUUACGUAUUAUUUCUUCGAAAAAAUAA